AGCAUCGGAGCUUUUGUCGUGUUCUACUACCGUGGCCGCUUCUCGUGUCCAGCUGAUAUUGUGUGACGGACCUACGCUCUCAGGGCUUCUCUCUACGGGAACGUCAUGGGGCAACCACCUCGACUCAUGGGGACGGCCUUAGCGUGCCUGUUCCUCCUCUUCGCGGCCGCCGACGCGUCCAGUAAAUGCAGCACCGGCUGUCGUGGAAUGCAUUCGAAUAAAGCGUAUCAAGAAGGAAAAACGUAUAUCUACCAGUUAAAAGGAAAGUCAGUUACAUCGGUCAGCGAGGCUGAAGGAGAUGCGACCCUCGAACUGUCGGCCACUGUCGAAUUGUCGGUGAAACCGGACUGCGUGCAUCAAUUAGUCCUGAAGAACGUUCUAGUUAACAAAGAGCGUCCAAAUACGCCAGGACUUGAGGAUGCAACAGUUCAGUUUAACUACCACAACGGGCACAUCGACACGGAGAUCUGUGCGGAGCCAACAGACAGCCAAGCCUCCUUGAACAUCAAGAGGGCGGUCGUCUCCUUGUUCCAAUCAGCUGUUUUGCAAGACAGCGGCACGGCGGCCAUCCACGAGACCGACGUGAUGGGCGUCUGCCCGACGAAGUUCUCGUUCUACAAGAAGGGCGAGACUUUGGUGGUGGAGAAGACGAGGAACCUGGACCAGUGCAGCUUCCGCGAGAACGUGAACCAAGGCCUGGUGACGGCGAUGGUUGACACGGCGACCGGGCUGAAAACGACGCCUCUAUUGGACUCCCAUCAGACGAUCAACCAACGCUUCAAACAAGGCGUUCUGGACUCGGCGACCUCCACCGAGACGUACAAGCUUCGUCCGUUCAGCAACGGCGAGUCUGGCGCGAAGACGGUGGUGGAGACCACGUUGUCGUUCACCGGCGAGAAACCGGAGAACCCGACGAAACCGGUGUCCGCGCCGAAGACCUUGAUCUUCGACGCCCCGCACGCGGUCGUUAAAUACAAUCAAGAGGACAUCGCGAAGGCGUUGAAGGCCGCGCAGGCGGAGAUCGCCGGCGGCGUGAAGCCGGCCGCCGCGAGCAAGUUCACGGAGCUGGUGAAGGUGCUGCGGCUCAGCAACAAGCCGGACAUGCUGUCGACGUACCAGAAGGUGAAGGCGGGCGCCGGGUUCGACAAGGGUUGCCUGCAGUUGCUGCUGGACGGGCUGUUCCACGCUGGAACCGGCGAGGCGGCGGAGGUUGGCGUGGAGCUGAUCAAGAACAAGGAAAUGACCGAAACGCAGACGCUGCUCUUCUACACCGGGCUGGCGCUGAUCCGGCACACCACCCUGCCGACGGUCACGGCAUUGACCACUCUUCUGGACCAGCCCGAUCUGCCCCGGAUCGGCUACCUCGGGAUCGGCCAGGCGAUCGGCAAGUACUGCCAACAACAUUCGUGCGAGAACGUGGCGAAGGUGAAGGAGGCGGUGCACAAGAUCCGCGAGAAGGUGGGCAACGGCAAGACGAAGACCAGGGCGCAGGAGGACGUGGUGAUCUCCGCGCUGAAGGCGCUGGGCAACACGUUCCUGGACGACGCGACUCUGGUGAAACUGGCGAACAUCGCCGCGGACAAGAACGUGAGGAACAGGGUGCGGGUGGCGGCCAUCGAGGCGCUGCCCACCAAGUGCACCAUGAAAUGGAAGAACAUCGUAUUGAAAGUGUUCGCGGACAAGGAGGAGGACAGCGAGAUCAGGAUCAAGUCGUACUUGUCGUUGGUCGCGUGCCCCUGCCCGCACGUCGCCAGCCACCUGAAGGACACCCUGGACAAGGAGACGGUGAACCAGGUCGGCUCGUUCAUCCAGGGCCACCUGAGGAACCUGCGAGCCUCCACGGACCCGAACAAGCUGAACGCGAAGAGCCAUAUCGGGCAGAUCAAGCCGCGCACCAAGUUCCCGGAGGACUUCCGCAAGUUCUCGUACAACGACGAGCUGUCGUACAAGAUCGAGUCGCUGGGCCUUGGCACGAGCGUCGACGAGAACGUGAUCUACAGCCAGAACAGCUACGUGCCCCGGUCCGUGGACCUGAACGUCACCGUGGAGCUGUUCGGCCGCAACAUGAACCUGCUGAGCUUGAGCACCCGCGCGGAGAACCUUGACAGAGCGAUCGAGCACUGGCUCGGCCCGAAGGGCGAGCUCAAGUUACACGAAACGGUGGAGGACCCGUCCGACACGAUUCAGACGUUCAAGCAGAUGACGAAGUACACCGCGGCCAAGUACGAGAGGCUGAUCCGCGGGAAGAGGGCCGCGGUCGAGCAGCAGGAGCUGAACCGGUUCGCGAAGAACGUGCGGCUGAGGGGCAACGAGGUCGACCAGAACCUGGACCUGGACUUCUCGAUGAAGCUGUUCGGCGUGGAGGUCGCCUACCUGAGCUACGAAAGCGACAACGUCGUGGACCCCAUGAAAGUGGUCGUAGACCAGGUGUUCGAUAAACUGGGCAGAGGAUUCGAGCAGGCCAAGAACCUGAACCACGAGGUCGAGAGCUUCCUGCAGUUCCUGGAAGCCGACCUGAUCUAUCCGACCAACCUCGGCAGCUCCCUGUCCCUGGGAGUGACCGGGACCAGCGCGGCUCGCGUCAAAAGCAACGGCAAGGUGGACCUCGCGGAUAUCCUGGAAUUCCCGAAGAAAGCGACGUUCAGAGUCGGCGUGGAGCCGAGCGUGGCGGUCACGGUGACCGGCAACAUCCUCGUCCAGGCUCUGGGCGUCGAGUCCGGGCUGAAGGUGGUGAGCACCCUUCACACGUCGACCAGCAGCGACUUGUCCGUGAGCGUGCUGGGCGGCACAGGCAUCGACGUCUCGCUGAGCCUGCCGAAGAAGAAGCAGGAGGUGAUCAACGUGAACAGCGAGGUGCUGUUCAGCAGCGGCCCGCACGGCGAGUACGCGGCGCCCAAGUUCAGCAAGGGCAGAGAGUACAAGGACUGUUUCGACCAGCUGUCCACCGUCUUGGGGCUGACCGUCUGCGGCGAGCUGUCGUUCCCGUACACGGACCUGGCCACCGUUCAGCAGAAGCCCGUGUUCCCACUUAGCGGACCGGCGAAGUUCGCCGUGUCCGUCGAGAACAACGACGUGACCGAGUUCCACUUCAGGGCGAAGCUGGACGUCGAGAACCCGGAGCGACGUUCCUUCGAGAUCCUGUUGGACACCCCGAAGAGCAGGACGCAGAGACGCGUCGCUCUGACCGGGGAGGUCAACACCAAGCCGAACCUGUCCGCCAAGCUGGCCUUCGACUCGCCGAUCAAGAAGGCCUCGAUCGAGGCCGCCCUGAAGAACACCCCGGAGGAGCGCAGCAUGACCGUGACCGCGCUCCACGACCAGAACGACUAUUACGCGCGCGUCGGCAUGCUGGUCAGCGGCAACAAGUACAAGCCGGUGCUGGAGUACAAGAUGCCGGAGCACAUCGCGAGACUUGCCGGCAUGAAACCCGACUCGCAGUCGGGCCAGCAGUACACCUGCCAGGGCACCGUGGAGGUCGCGGAGGUGGACGGCGGUCAGAAGUUCACCAUCGACGACGUGGCUCUGCUGAUCGGCGGCCAGAAGAUCGUGGUCGUCGACGGUUCGAUCAAGUGGACGCCGAUGGCGGUGAACGUGGACACGAAGAUCGGAUACGGCGAGAAGCACCUGGACCUGAAGAUGGACGGGAGCAUGGUGCCCCACAGCCUCUGGAUGCUCGCGGUGACCGCCAAGCCCUCGUCCGACCCCAAUCUCGGGUUCUCGUUGGAUUGGCAGCUGAAGAAGGAGAAGUCCGUGUGGAUGCACAACCUGGUCUUCGUCCACGGGCCCGAUCUGAAGUCCGAGGUGAACCGGCUGAGUCUAGAGCAGAAGUUCCACCCGCGUGAGUUGGAGGUGAAGGAUGGCGAGCGGUCAAGCUACAAGCGUUUCGGCGUCUCGUUGUUCAACGAGCUGAAAUACCCCGCCACGAAUCUGUUCCUGGGGCUCAACGGCGAGGUCGACAGGGAUUCGGCGACCAUCGGCGCCAGAAUGACGUACGAGAAGUUCAAGACCAACUUCGGGAUGUCCUUGCGUAGAUCGCCCCACCUGAAUCCGGGCAACUACGAGCUGGAGGUCACGGCCGAGCUGCUGGAUAAUAAGUUCCAACUGAAGUCGAAGCGCGACGUGAUCGAGCCGACCAAGAGCAAGUUCACGAACUUGCUGGUGUUCACGCCGGGCGGCAGGUACGAGUCCGAGGUGACGGUGGUGUACAACGUGAACAAGGAGAACGCGCUGGUCCAGGUGAACGGCGACGCGAACCUGAACGGCAAGAAGGUGAAAGUGUCCACCGAUCUGGAGGCGAACCCGCAGCUGUUGAACUCGCUGGUGUUCGUCAAGGUCGACGGCGUCAAGUACAUCGAGUUCACCCUGAAGACACGGAAGAGCCCGCACCCGAGCGGCACCGUGAACUUGAACCUGAAGGGCUACCUGACGGCGAACGGCCAGUACUCGUACCAGAACGGCAAAGGGAACGCGAACCUGAACAUCGACGUGCCGAAGAUCGGCCGCAAGGUCCAGGCGACGGGCCAGGUGUCCGUCAACGGCCCGCAGCACGACGGCACCCUCGAGAUCCUCUACGACGCCAAGAAGGACCCGAACAAGCGGAUCAAGCUGUCCACGAACAACCACAUCGUCUCCAACACGGACGACGCGAACAACCACGCCGUCUCCAACUCGAUCGACACGAAGAACGUGCUCGUCUGGCUCGACCAGAAGCUCGAGGUGAACGGCAAGGGCAAGCUGGCCAGCAGAUUCAACAACGUAGAGCUCGACCUGACCGCGGACGUCACUCUGCCGUCCGGCCGUAACUUCAACACGAAAUUGUACCGGAUAUCCACGCAUGGGGACAAGCUGACCGAGGUCAUGGUGAACGCCGAGCUGCAGCACUGCCAGGAGAAGGGCGGGCCGGCCACCAAGCUUCAGUACAGGGCCAACUUACAGCUGGCCGAACCGGAUUUGACCUUCGAUUCGGACACGCAAUUGAAACUGAUCGACACCGAGAACAAGGACCUGCUGAUCAACUAUCAUAUCGUGCGGAAACUCGAGAACGGCAAGAUGCUGAGCAGCAUCGGCGUAAAGGUUGGCGGCGCGAAGGUCCCGCAGGAGUUCAAAGUCAAAGCCUCGUCCGACGAGGACGACUCGUGCAGCGAGAACAAGCUACAUGGAUCCUGGGGCGACUGGCUGGUGGAGAACAAUCUGAAGAUUGUGAACAAGGACAGCGACCAAGGUCUGGAGUUGGAGGGAUCUGGGAAACUGGCCUGCGGCAAGGACAACGAGAUCGGCUUGAAGUUGAGCAGCAAGACGGAGAGACGAGGCUCCUUGGACGCGGCUUCGGAGGGCAAGGGAGAGUUUGUGCUGAAGGUCGCCAAGCAUCCUCCGUUGCAGCUGGAGGGAUGCUACAAGUACGAGCCAUCCGAGGGGAAGUCCACCGCGGACGUGGACGUGAAGUUCGAGUACGGAGACAAUAAGGCCACGUUACAGUCGAACAACGUGUACAAGCCAGACGUGGCGAUCGUCACUGUCAAGGUGAACAGCGCGUUACCCAUCGAGAAGUUCCGCAACGUGGCAUUGGACCUGGACUACAAGAGGUUGAAAGCAGACAAUCAGCUGACCACGAACGCGGUGCUGAAGGCUGACGGCGCGGAGUACACCCUGAAGAGCAACAUCCAGCCGCAGGGUGCGCGCAGGGUGUUCGAGGUGACGACCACCUGUCCGCAAGGCAAAUCGGAGCUGCUCUGGGCGUUCGAGAAACUCGGGCUGAAAGAGUACAAAGGUGAACUGACCGUGCGCACGCCGAAGGGAUUCGUCACCGGGGACGUGCACGCCGACCUUGACAGCGUCGACGAGUUCGAGAUCACCGGGAACUUCGACAGCGACAAGACGAAGUACCGCAAGGUGCACGCUGAGAUCUCGAACAAGCCGACCGCCAAGACCGGGAAGAGGAUCAUCGUGACGGUGACCAGCGACGGCAAGAACAUCGUAACCGGAAGCACGAGCUACAAGAAACGCGAUGAGGAGGGAAAGAUCGUGGUCGAGGGCAACGGGAGCCUGAAGGUCGGCGACGACACCAAGAGCUCGUCCUUCAAGUACACCAGGCAACAGCUGACCAUCGAGAAGGACGGAGAAGAGGGCAUCGCUGUGAUUUUGAACGCGAACUUCGGCCCCUCGGCCAUCGUCGGCGAGCUCAAGUUGACGAACAAGGAGCUCCACGUCUUCAACAGCUACUGCGAGCAGACCAAGGACUGCGCCCACUUCAAGCUCCAAUCGAGCAUGGACACGACACCGGGGAAGCAGUACCUGAAACACCAGCUGACGGUGGAGGUCGACCUGAAGAAGUUCAACGUGCCCGCCGAGUUCGGGCUGAAGACCAACACCGAGCUCAGCCAUCCCCAAGUGGACCACACGUCGAAUCUGUACCUGCACUCGACCAAGGACAAGUCCGAGUACACCUACCAGUUCUACAUUCAUCCGAAAGAAUCCGCUUCCAUUCUGACUCUGCCAUCGCGCGAGGUCGCUCUGAUUCUCGUCCACGUCGUGCCGAAGGCAAAGGCAGGCGGCCCGUACAUGCUGGACCUGUCUUUGUACAUGGAUAAGAAGAACAAACCGGCGGAGAAGACCUGUCUGAGUGCCAACGGUGACCUGAACAUCGACAAGGACGGCUUGUCUCUUAGCGGAAACGCGAAAUUCUCGUACCCGACGCAGACCAAGGAUCUCUCGGUGAAGGGAAGGCUGCACUCAGGCGACGAACGUCUGUUGGACGCCAGCCUGGACCUUGACGUCUUCGACAAGAAGUCCCAGAAGAUCUCGAUCACCGCGAUCGUUCAGAAGCAGAAGGUCCUGGACGGCCAGAACGUCACCAGCAACAUCGAGGUGAACAGCCGCGGCCAGCAGCUGAAGGUGAACCUGAAAUCGGCCCUGGCAUUCAGCAGCCAGCAGAUCGAGCUGAGCAGCUUCUUCACGUACAACGAUGUCCAUCAGAAACCGAAGACUCUGGGCGCGUUGCUAUCCGCGGACAAGGGCCAGGCCGAACUGUUCGUCACGUUGCCCGACAAGGUAUUGAUCAAGGACGAGUGGAAGUACCAGAUCUCGAAGGAGCAGCAGACCAUCAGCAGAGAACUGUGUCUGCUCGGCGAGCCGGCCAUCGUGGCGAAACUCGAGAGCAAGGGACUGAACAGCUUCGAUUUCGUGACUUACUGCAAAGACAAGCCGAAUGAUAAGGUGACCGUGAACGGCCAGGUAGUCCUCGGCCAAUUAGCCGAGAUCCACGCGGAUUCGUACAAGGACGGCGCCAAGAAGAAGCUGUUCCGCGUUCUGGUGCAUCUCGACGAGAAACAGUUCCUGAAGCCAGACAUCAGUUACGACAAGGCGAAUGUGAUCGAAGUAUUCGAAGUGCAGAAGAACAGGAGGAUCGAGCUUGUACAGAAAUUGAAGGAAACACAGGAUUGGGUGGCGGAUCAAAUCCGCGCGGAAACCGGGGAUCUUACGCAGCACUUGCAGAAAGCGCAGCCUAAUCUGAAGCCGCUCUUCGAGUACUAUCAGAACGAAUUGACGAAGUUGAAGCAAGAAAUCAACGCUGACGAGACUGUCAAAGAAAUCCAGGCUACGUUCAACAAAUAUUUGGGCGGUGUGGUCGGCGCCGCGUCGCACAUCCUGAAGGACGUCGCCGAGGUCACGGAGAAGCUGCAGAAACAGCUGAACACGUUGUUGGACAGCUUUAAAGCGUCGGUGAACGCGGUCUACCCGAAACUGAAGGAGUCGUACCAGAACAUCUUCAACAAGUACUUAGAAAUCGUGGACGUGAUCGCGAACUUGACGAGAACGUAUCUGAACGCGCUCCUGGACCUGAUCAAUUCUCACCAGAAGGAGCUGCACGAUGUAUUGAGCAUUGUCUCCACCAUGGUCCAUGACUACUCUAAGGCCCAGUCGAAGAUCUUGGAGCAGGUGACGCACGACCUCAAUGGGUUCACCUCGGAGCUGGUCGACAAAAUAAAGGCGUUGCCGAUUUACGAGAUCGCCAAGGAAAAAUACCAGAACUUGAAGAACUUCCAGGUGCCGGAGGCCAUUUUGAAAUCGCUCGAGGAAGCCUGCAGCGUCGUGAAGAACCUUCUGCCCACUCAGGAGCUGCAACAGCUCGCGCAGGUCUUCUGCAAGUACCUCACCAAGCUCGUCAAACACGAAACGAUCGAUCCAAUGGACGCGAUGAAGGAGAUCAGCGCGAAAGCACAGAACGCGAUCAAAUCGCUCCUCUAUAUAGUGACGCAUAUCGGGGCGAGCGAAGACGUGUUGGGCUCCCUGAAAUUCCAGUCGCCCUUCAAUUUCGGCUUUCUGUCCGAGAUCCCGACCAUUCCCAUCGCCCAGCUGUCCACCUGGAAUUUGUUGCGCAACAAGGAGCUGCCGACGCUCAUGGAUCUGUACUACGCUUACAGACCAACUCUGUAUCUAUCCGACAUCAUUCCACCGUUCAGCAAAGCAGGCGUGGUCACCGACGGAGGACACUUCUUCACGUUCGACGGUCGUCAUCUGACACUGCCUGGCACCUGCUCCUACAUCCUUGCCCAGGACAUGCAAGACGGUAACUUCUCGGUGGUAGCUAACUUCAACCACGGCAGUCUGGCCUCCCUCUCUAUCACCGCGCCCGAAGAGAGCAUGACACUCAAGUCCAAUGGAAACAUACUGGUGAACAACAAACGAGCCGAUUUCCCAGCGAGCACGGAGAACCUGCACGCGUACCUGGAAUAUCCGUUCGGCAGUGUCAAGUCCGAUUAUGGUGUUCGCAUCACGUGCACGCGCAAGGCGCCGAUGGUCUGCGCCGUCCGUGUUUCCGGUUUCUACCACGGCAGAAUGCGUGGCCUGUUAGGCGAUGGCAACAACGAGCCCUACGACGACUUUACUCUACCAUCUGGAAAGAUCGCCGAAAGUGGAACCGAUUUUGGAAAUGCAUACAAACUGAAGGGCGACUGUCCAGCUGCGACUGCUGUCGAGCACAAAGAUCGUGCCCCAGUCUGCACGGACUACUUCAUUGGCCAAAGCUCCACCCUCAAGUCCUGCUUCAAGUAUGUGAACCCGAGUCAAUAUCGCGAGGCCUGCGACCACGCAGUGGCCGCUGACCCUGCCUAUGGAGCUUGUCUGAUCGCCACGGCUUAUCACUAUGCCUGCUACUCCGCCGGCAUUAAAACUACCAGCGUGCCACCGCCAUGCGCGAACUGCCAAGUCGGCGCAUCGACGAUCGGCAUCGGCGACACCUUCAGCGUAAAGAUCCCGAAGAAGGAGGCCGACAUCGUGAUAGUGCUCGAGCAAUCGUUGCCGAACGACCAAGUCUACAAGGAUGUGAUCACGCACCUGAUUACUCUGGUCAGGGACGAGCUGAAGCAGGCAGGAAUACCAGACGUGCACAUCGGUCUGAUUGGAUACGCUGAAAACAUGCCAUGGCCGCAACACUACACGUUCAACGGAGAGACCAACAUCACCGGCGAGUUGAAGAACAUCAAGUUCCGCGGAACAGAUCCCAAAGCCUCAUUCCAGGAAGUGGUGAACGGACUGCGGGAACUCCGAAACUCGAUGGGGCCAAUCAUGCUCCCUCUGAUGUACGCCAAACAGAGGCUGGACGUUGAAUUGGGCACCCUGAAGCUCACGGACGCCCACGAAGAGGCCAUCGGCUAUCCGUUCAGGCCUGGCGCAGCCAAGGCUGUGGUCGGCGUCCACGCUUUCGCCUGCGAGAAGAGCCCGCUACCGAUUUCCCUGCAACAUAUAAGGCUGAUGCUUGGACUGAAAACUUACCGGGACCUCGGGCUCACUUAUUAUCACAUGUCUUACCCAACCGGAUACGACCAGGACAAAGCGUACUCGGUGGACGACAGGAACAAUAAUCUCGCCAGCGAGAAGGGCGACGUCUGCGCUGACUUCGCGGUUUCCUCGGGCGGUGCAGCGUUCAAUUUGGAUAACUUGGCGCAUGCCAGCCCGAAACAGAAGAAGCAAUUCGCCCAAGUGGUCGCAAAGAAGAUCGCCGCAGGGCUCAUUCACACAGAACUCGAGGAGGAUUGCUUGUGCGGGUACCAGUACGGUAUCGUUGGCCGUGCUAAGUGCAAAAUUGUCGGUAGCAAAAACCUGGCAAGAGACACCAAGGCUGGAGUGAAGGGUUAAAGGGGAGUCACCGCGUCAACCUACCACUAUUAAUUAAUUAAUUAAUUUAGGUGUAUUGUAUUUUGUUACUUGAUUGUAAUAGGUCGGGCGUUAUUUUAAUACUUGUAAGCGGCCUGAGGGACUAAGACUCAGUCGAAAUAAAAAGAAAAUAUUUAAUCGUU